GAAAAAAAGCAUGAAUCUAACCGAAAGAUGUAUGAAACUAACCGAGAGAAGAUGACUCAAAUCAUGUUUGAAACUUUUAAUGUGCCUGGCUUCUAUGUUGCAAAUCAAAUUUUUCGCAAUAUUAAAGAAAAGUCUUAUGCUGCUUUGGAUUUUGAACUAGAAAUGCAAACUGCUGCUCAAUCAGCUGCUUUAGAGGAAUUCUAUGAAUUGUCCGAUGGUCAA